UGAAAUUGAACGACCGCCGACGGCUCGCUCGUGCUGUCUUUGUUUAAUAACAUUUUAUUGUGUUCUUAGAAAUACACAGGGUUUGUCCUAUAGAGGAAUUAUAACAUCAAAACAUCAAUGGGUAAGUGAGAUCGUAAAUCAAAGCCAAUAAUUAAUUUUUACAAUCCUCGAAUACUUCGCGAUUUUAAAGUUUAGAGCUCAGUGCAUUUCGAGUUGUUUUCUUUCGGAUAUGCUUUAUCUUUUAGACAGGGAAUCCUCGCUUCGCUGUUUUCGAUGUAGGAAGGUUUGCGCAGGUGAAUCGCUGCGAGUGAACGAUCAACUUUUUCAUGCCGACUGCCUGGUUUGCUUGGGUAAGUAAAACAGAAAUGAACGCAGAUUUAGAGCGUAAUUUUUGCUUCCAAUCGCGUAUCGCGUGUCAUCGCUAUUCAUUCGGCACAGCAAUUUGCAUGUUUGAAAUUCACGUCAUUUUUUUGUCUUAAAAAUGGACGAUCUGUGGCGUUUCAAACAACUGUUUUCCGGGAUUAGAAUAUUUGAUAUGUUUCGUCCAGAAAUUAAGGUAUCUACCGCGUAUGACCGUUUAGUGUUUGUCGUCGAUAUGUGCCUGCGGAUACCACAUAAGGCCUGACAUGACUACUUGCUUUAAAAAUUGUCUUAAAAGGUUCGUAUGGCAAAUUGAUAUUUAAAUAAAUAAUCAAAUGGCUAGCGUCUGAGUGGUAAAUCUUUUAAAGGCGAUUAUCAGAUGUGACGCCUUAUUUUCCGAUCCGCUGUACUUUUCAUUUCAAGAUCUUGACCUAAGGUAAAAAGGCAAUGAAAUCGAAUUUUCUCUAUUGAAACGUUGGCAAGGGCGCUCAUUAUUAUUCAUCAUAUUCAUAUGUAACUCAAGUCGUUGUUUAUAUUUCCACCCUCAAAGCUAACAAAAUAAAACUACAGGUAUUGUUUGGCGCCAUUAAGCGUUGUUAAAUACAUUGUAAUUAUUUGUUCGCCGUUUUUAGUUCGUCGUUAAUUUUAAGUGUGUUGGAGCCUGUGCCAGUUUGUGUAGACAAGCUGAACUAAAAGUUUAACGUUCGUGUUAACUGGUCCGAGAAAUGCAUAUUAACGGUUUAACGAAUGUUAAUAGGUUCAUUGUUUCCAAACUAUGAAAUAUCUGGCGAAAAUUCGAGUCUCGAAAAUCCAGAAGUAAACCUUUUAGUGAAAAAAGUCGUCAAUUAGAUUUACUGAGAUGAUAGUAAGAACCCUAGCUUCGAACCACAAGUUAAACCAUUAAAGUAAAAAUAUUUAGUCGUAAUUUGAUAUCACUAUCUUUUAGAAUUAAUUAAGCCACAAGUGAUAUUGUCUUCACUAGACCUUGAUCGAUUAAUCAAUCAUUUGAUGAAAGGGAUGAUUGAAUUACAAAGCGGGAAAGAUAACAGUUCCAUAGGGAAGGAUAGGUAGUUAUGUUGAGUCCCUUGCGCAGAUUGUGAAGCAGACUUCCUGAACUGAUUGUUUUUUAUUAAAAAAAAACAACAGGUUCAAACACAAGGCUUUUUACAAGGUUUUUCGCUAUUGCAAAAUUUUAAGCAAUUGCAAAUAUGUGUCAGUGAGAGAGACAUUUCUUAUCAAAAUUCUCUUUGUAUGUUCCGCCUCUUUUGAAGGCUUGUCAUUGAAGACAAAAUGAUUCGUGUGGAGAGAAUAAUUAAGGGCAUUUUUCAUGCCUUUAACAUUAAAAAAACUCAACAACAGUGCACCUUUUUCUAAAAGAAAAGAGUAUAAUAAUUAUGCUUAGAUUCAUUGGUGUGAAAUGAAGAUUUCUAAGGUUUAUUUCUAUGCAACUGUGUGCAAAUUUAGAUGCUUUGCCAAAAGGUUGGCAGCCUGAGUGAAUUCUUUGUCACUUCCUAUGGCCAAAGGCUAGACUGGUUUCCAAAUUCUAACAUUCUUUUUUUAUUUGGCCUGACCAGUCACCCAUACAGUAAAACCACUUUCAUCAAGCAAAUAAUUUUAAUUGUAAGAUAUUGGCCCCAUUUGGUAUUCUUAUAAACUGGGACAUAAUUACCUUGUGUAAUAACCAAUUCAGCCUGUAGUGUAAGUGUCUUACAAGGGCAAGUUAAUGUUAAGAAGCUUACAAUCAUUUAUUCAACCCACCAUGUUUGAUUUGGAGAUAUAGGUGGUGGGUGGAGGGGGGUGGGGAAAGGCAAAAAGAUGCCAGCCCAAAGAGGCUGUUGAAAAGCAAAGCACCCCCUGAUUAGUUGCGCAUCACUGCAAUCUGGAAAUUAGCAUGUAACUGAUCCUAAUGAGCUAAAUUAAAACCAGAAGCACUGUCUUGCGAAAAAAUCAAAAUACACACAGAACUGGUGAGUAAAAUGGUGAAGCAUUUGCUUGAGCCAGGAAAGAAAUGGCUUUGAUGAAACCUCCUCUGUAGUCACAAAUAUGAGCUUAUAUUUGCUGUCCUCUAUAUUUUUCAAUCAACAAUCCUUGAGUGUAGCUGCUGUUAAUUUAUUUGACAAUGUUUCUUCCAUUUGAUUGUAAAUGAUACUUUGAAGCAGACAAACAACUGCACUCAAAGGUUUACCCACUAUAAUUUGUUUGAUGGAAAGAUAGUAUAUUAUAUUCUGAUGGUAUAUUAUAUUUUGUUUUUUUUUCUAAUCAAUAAUAGAAAUGGCUUCACAAAAACCUUCUCUGCUGAUGCAAAUACAAGUUGAUAUUUGCCCAACUCUAUACCCUCGAAACGACAAUCCGCAAAAGCAGAUUAACAAAUGAAGAUUAGAGUGAUCUUUGCAAGGAUAAACACUACUUAACCCUUUCACUCCCAAGAUCUGAUUAGUAAUUCUCCUAACUAUCUGCCAUACAAUUCUUAUGAUGUUAGUUCAGAGAAUUUGAUAUUGGAUCAACUAAUAAUCCCAUGAUUGAUAUUCUUCUCUAUUCUCAUCACCUGCCUGCUUGAUAUUGUAUUGUUAUUGUAAGGAGAAAUUCUGUCUUAGUCACUUGUGGGAGUGAAAGGGUUAAGCAAUAGUGAAAAUAAGGCCUUAAAAAAAAUGGAAGCUUUAUUUUCACUACUACCUAAGUAGUGUUCAUUACCACGAAGGUUACUCUCAUCUUCACUAUUACAUUAUUGCAACUUAGAAUUCUUGCCAUACUAGAGAUACAUGCAUCCAUUAUUUGCCAUACAAAAAUUCAAUGUUAUAACUAUCAAGUUCUACUACCACUUCAUCAUGAAAACAAUUGAGAUAACAUUCUGAUUUGAUUAAAACAGUGUGUGGCAAGGACUUGGAAAAUAUUGGAUUUUUUGUGGAAAGCAACCAGUAUUACUGUCCUGAAGACUUCCAGGAACGCUUUGGCACAAAAUGCUUCAUUUGUCAUCUAUUUGUGGAAGGAGAAGGAAUCAACAUUGGUAAUAAUGCAUAUCAUUUGCGCUGCUUUGUUUGCACUGGUUGCAGGUGAGGUUUUUUUUAAUGUUCUUUUAUUAUUUAUACUUAAAAAACAACCUUUACCUGGGACCAUUUAAAUUUAAAAGAAAAUAAAAGAGAUUGUCAAGCAUGAGGGUAUAUUAGUAAUGGUAAGACUGAUUGGAGUAUAAUUCAGUCUGUAAUCAUAUGAGUGAUUAACAAAAUCAGAUGAUGGCAAGUAUGAAAACAAAAAUCUCAUGGGGUUGUUGGUGUCAUAAUAACCAACUUAUUUUGCAGUUGUGGACAAAAAAAUUAUAGUUUCUAUUGCAAAUGUCUCACCUUAGAUGAUAGUAAUCACAAUGUAUUUCAAAUAUAAUAAAACAAUACACUCUAUCUGUUCAUGCAAUCCUUCAUUUGAUGACAUAUAUAACUAUAUUUCUUUAGACCACUCUGACACACCAUCUCUUCCGUGUAUUCAAUGUAUUCAAACACCAUCUUUUGCAUUUGUUGUAGAAAUCCAUUUCCUCCAGGAGAGAAAGUUGUUGCUAAGGGUAACCAUUACCUCUGCCAACAAUGCAGUUCAAAGGAGAUAAACAAUGAUUCAAGAGUACGCAAACUUGAUAGUAAGUUCAACUGAAAAUUGUGGUAAGGAAAGUCAAGUCAAAGUUGUUUUUUUUUUCUAAAUUAGAAAAAUUUUAUACCAAGAUGUCAGACUGAAUUUAAACCGCUUUGUAUACAUUUAUGAGAUAAUUAGUUUUCCUCUGAUUUUUAAUGCUGUGAAUUUCUCUUUAGGGUGUGCAGGUUGUGGAGAAGAUAUUCGCAGUGGCCAGUCAUUGUUAGCUCUGGAGAAACAAUGGCAUCUUUGGUGCUUUACAUGUACAAAAUGUGCCUGCUUGCUGGCUGGAGAGUACAUGGGCAGGUUAGUUCAAUCACAUAUAAUAUCUAUUUUAUUUUCAGGAGUUUCCUGAAAAAUUGAACCAGGCUGUUGUUACUUAAUUGUAUACAGUGCUGAGCCUCAACGUUUAGAGUCAAUCUGUUUUGUCAUAAGUUGUGUUCUAUGGAGAUCAACCAUUGCAACUGGAAACACUUUAACUCAGCCCUGUAGCAGUUGAUAAUCCAACACAUAAGGAAAGGUGACAUUUUUUUCCCAGUGAGUCCCCAAUUCUUGGACAUACCAUCUUCUCUACAUUUCUUGGGAUAACUUCUUCUCUUUGGUUACUAAAUUAUGAUGGAUGAGAGGUCUACAAGUCUGUUGUUUUUUUGUUAUUUUUAGGGAUGGAAAGCCUUACUGUGAGAAAGAUUAUCAAGCAGAGUUUGGUGUGACUUGCGCUGGCUGUGGCGGAUAUAUUAUUGGAAAGGUCCUACAGGUAAAGUAGCUAUGCAGCCAUGUUCAAAUUUGUUGGAUAAACACGUGUCCAGGGGGUUAGAAUUGAACAAUGACAAGAGGCAGGGGUCAGAAUAAACCAGGGCAGGGGGGGAUGCUGGCUUCAAAGAUGGAUGAGAUAAAGAUGGAUUACAAAUUUUGUUUGAAAAAGCUAUACUUCACUGUACAAGAUUCACAAAUUGUUUUGUAUUCCUUUAAUCAGAUGAUAGUUGUUGAGUAUUUUGUGGAGGGCCAUCAGAUAGUUAUUCCCUAACUGAUUAGCCUUGGACCAUUAGUGCAGCUCUCUUUUCCUAUUCUCAGUCCCCAUUCUGUUUCCCCCUCCCCCCUCCCCUCUUCUUGUGGCCCCAUUCCUCAGUUAUUUUUUCUAAAAAUAAAAAUGCUGGCUGAUUUGUUUGUUUCAGGCUGGUGAAAAACAUUAUCACCCUCAUUGUUCACGCUGUGCAAGGUGUCAUGGAGUGUUUGGUGAGGGUCAAGAGAUGUUUUUGCAAGGUAAGGAGCUAUUGUGAAAGCUUUAUAGCCAAAAUUAAUCCAAUAUCUUGAGGAUUCUUUCUAUGAGUCCUGUGAGUGAGCUGACCCAGUAAUUGUGAUCAAUUUUAACUUUGGUUGAUACACAUUUGCAGAAUUUCAGCCUAUUUCUAAACUGAGACUUCAACCUACUCAGGGUGAUCAAGGGGCAGGCUUUCAAGUUUCAUCCACAUCAGUGGGGUGGGAUGGGGUGAUUUUGUUGUAAAGUUAUUAAACAUUUAGUCACAGUCAGGCUGACAACUCAUUCUCGUCUCACACUGGUUUUGAAAUGAGAAAAUAAUCAGAAAAGAUCUCAAAGACUAAGCCAGUCAAGUUCUCUUUGCUCAUAUGAUGAGGCCCUUUGUGUGAACAGAUGAUGAUCUAUCUCAAAUUUGUUUACAGGAUCUGAAAUUUGGCAUCCAGAUUGUAGCUUUGCAGCAGCUCAGAAUGGUGAACUGGAAACAGACUCUGUGAGUUACUUAUCUAAACUAAAUCACAAACAUGCUUUACAGAAACGUAACUUAAAUUCUUUCGGUUAUUGUUACAACGGUUGCAAUUUAUGAUUUCUAGUAAGUCAAUGCGAGAUAAAAAAUAAACUGUUUAAAUUUUUUUUUGGUGGGAGAUGCAAGUGUGCAGCAUACUGGACUUCUGAACGAAGGUUUCAAAAAUUAAGCUUAACCAUGGAUUAUUGUGUAGUGUUCUUGGACAAGCAAGUAUGAGUAUGAGUGAGUAUCAGGAAUACUUAGCAAAAUACGUGGGGGAGCGGGGUGCCUGCGGUGGGAUAGCGCUCCUUGAGAAUUGGCUAUACUCCUGGUUAAUGGUAUGACUCACCUUGGGACUCUCUGCAGCUCCGUAGUAGAGCAUCCGCGUGCAGAAAUCCGCAAAUCUGGGGUUCGAGCCCUCGUGGGUACUUAGGUUUUUUUUUUGUUUGUUUGUUUUUGUUUUUUUCUUCUGUGUCCCACGCUCGUGACAAGACGUGUAACAUCUUUCUUUAACCCAACCUAAUUUCUUCAUCUUUUUUCCCAGGGAGGUCCACGCAAUGGAUAUCAGUAUCCUGGUAAGGGCUUGAAUUGUUUCUAUGAGAUGUAAUCCGUGAUAUGCUUUGGUUCUGCUUCAUGUCGUUCUGUGAUUGGUCCAGAAAACUCGCGCCAGUUCCUGAACGAAUCAGUUCAAAAACUUAAAAGCAAUCGCGACUUGGUCGCCCGCGUUUUUCCCGCGCUUUGGGCAGUUUGCUUGUUUGUACAACGAGUUCUCAUUGGCUUCUCGCGAUAGUUUCCUCUCUUCUGAUUGGCUGUUGUGACAACUGUGAUUUUGGUUUUACGACACUCAAUCAAAAUGUGCUCUCUAUGUGAUAUUACAAGUUAGCCACCAUUUCCGAACUAUCAUGCAUAGCUAUCUAUUUUCGCAUGUUUUCUUUAACAUAAGUCAUUCAAGUUUGAUUAGGCAAACCGUCACAUUUUCUAUUUGAGUAUAAAAAAAUAAACAAAAAAAUGAAGUGUUCGUUACGACAAGCAGAAAAAUCAAUGAUCCAAAAGUUCGUUGCGUUGUGCUACCUUAACAUGGUGAAAUGGCAUAAUCGUGUAAGAAUAAUGGUCAGUAUCUUUCGUAUAUUUCCAAGUUUAUCAACUAACUUUUGUGGUACAUUUUGUAGAGGAGGAAGCUCCCCGUCCCUCCCUCAGAAAGAAGAACAAACUCCCACAAGAACUUCAGGUGGGAGAAUGAAUAAGAAUGUCGCGUAUCAGAAUGGAAACCAUAUCCAUCUUUGCAAGUAAAUGCUAGACUGGGCUUUAUGUAAAACAAAUCGCCUCAGAAAGAAGAACAAACUUUUCGGUAUCCGUAAGCCAGUGGCCACCAAGCAGACUUGGACCAGCGAACUCGCCAGCAGGAACAUCUCGCCACAACGUGGGAGAAUGAACAAGAAUGUUACAUGAAGUAUAUACUAGUCCGUAGAGACCAUGUCCAUCAAACUUUAUAAAUGUAAAUGCCAAACCGACUUUUAUUCCUCGGUGUUUUGCAAUUUAUGUAAAAAGACAAAUAAAAUUUUCCUAAACGGAACACAUCUGAUCUUGGUCAACAAGCGCACAAACGUAUCGGCCGAUUUGAAUUGUGCUCUAAAUCCUAAUGAUAUCUCCUUUCGGUAUCAGUAGACUGUCAUUUAGACAAGUUAUGAGAAUAAAGAUAAAUCAUCACUUACUGGGCCCAAUUGUCUAAUUUUCGGAACUAAAAUUUCAAGAGAUGUGUGGCAGAUACAUUGUAGGAAAAAGUAUGGAUUUGAAAAUUCAAGAUCGAAGGGGUAAAAAAUGAAAUUAAAGACCUUAAUAUUUCUUUAGGUGGAACAAUCUCGGUAUCAGUCAAGUUCUACCUCGAACAAAGACACUGGAGCCUGUAAGUAUUGGAACUGUUAAUGUCGUAUUAUCAUGAACUGUAAAAAUGGAUGCUCAUGAACCCCGUGACUGUUAUUGCAAUGCCCUAAUUACUCAAAUAAACGCCGCUGAUAGAAGUUAAAAGACGUCACACCGUCCUGGAAUAAACGCUGCUCCCAUUCACAAGAACGCCGCGUUUACUCGAAGAUAAGAAGGAAAUGAUAGGGUUUAAAGGGUAGUGGCAGUGAGCUCGAAAUUUUUUUGCUCUUUCUUGGAGCAUUUAUGGUAGAUCCUGAACUAAGUUACGGUUAGUUUUUAAAUUUUGUUUUUUGGAGGCCAAGGGUUACGGUUUUACAAACUUGUUAUUUUUACCCCUGCAUCUAGAUAACAGCAGUUCAUACAGAGAGAUCACUGCCAGGCAAGAGGUAGGAACGCAUUUUUAUUGCAUUGGUUGCACUUUUGUAUCAAGCUUAGUCAGAUAAGCUCACCUAUCUUCGAAAGGUGAAAGUAAUUUUAUUUUGAAUGUUUUGGUAGUUUUUCUUCUUAGUUUUGCAGUUACCUCUCGUUUUUUAAAGUACAGUUUGAGUUUUUAAAUUGUCAGCACUUUUUAAACUUAAAUUAAUGGUGGUCUGUUGUUGUUGCUGUUUUUAUUUGCUGAGAUUCUAGCAGCGUAAGCCUAAUUCACUUUGUAAACUAAAUUUAUCGUUGCUGCUGUUUUUUUUGUUUUUGUUUUUGUUUUUAUUUUUAUUGCUGAGAUUCUAGCAGUAUAAGCCUAAUGUGGUGCCUGUAGUUUGUAUCUCUUCAAUCACUGCUUGAUUUAAUUUUUAUUUCAAGGCAAGUCUGAAUGAAUCACCACGGAGAAUAGGUAAGUAUAUGCAUGUGUUGCGCCACCGACUCCUCCCUUAACAAUUGAAAACUGACUGUUGUUUCUCAUGAGCCAAAGCGAGGUCGUUUCUUAUUGGUUAAAAAACGAAGUGUCACUCUUUUUCAUGAAACGGGAAAGUGAGACUAAAAGCUAUAAACUCCGAACAUACCAAUUAACAACCGAAGGUUUCUUGAUAUACUCCGAUUACCACGCGAAAGUCUCUCGAUAUACUCCAAUGACCACCCGAAUUAUUUUUCCGUAGGUUCGCAAGACUCGUUAGAUAUGGCAGAAUUCGAGAGAAGUGUCGACAAAAAACCUCAGGUAGGUGGUAUUGGGGAUGAAGGGGGACUGUAAGGGAGGGGCGUGGAACCGAGCACGAUUGUGUGAGAUGGAGGGCGCUUGACUAAGGUGUAAUCCGUUCAUCUUUUUGCACAGAGACAAAAAAGAAACUCAGCCUAGAUACAAAAGUAGUGUCGGGUCGUUGUGUUCGGCUCGUUUGUUGCGUAAAUUUCGUGAAUAGUUUUCUUUGGCAUCUCAACAGAUGUCCAGGAACGAUCGACUUGCGCUACCUGGGUCUAAUAGGCGAUAAAAUCACGGUAAAACUGAUCAAACAGUUUACACGGGCUGGACAUACAACAUUCGACUGACAACAACUUUUCACUUAACUCUGACGAUGACUUCCGUCAAAAGGCUGUGGAAACGUCAGUCAUUACACUCGACAACGUCCUUCUCAGGAGUACCCAGUCCCUCACUCGGACGAUCAGACCACAAAAUUAAGUGUAACUCACUGAUUGAUUUAUUUCGUUUUGUUUUCCCUGUUCGUAGAUUUACGCUUAUAAAGAUCUCAAAACGACAAACUACAAGUUGCCACGAGAAGCGGAUAAGACGAAACUCGAGGUGAGCAUUUCAGUAUGUUGUUAGGUAAGCCGCAUUGACAACAACAAAGAAAACAAGCAUGUCGCAACAACUGUGUCGGUCUUGAUGCUUUUAUUUCCACUCCGUACUCUGAACAUCAACAACUCGAAAUCACAAAAUUUGGCAUAUAUUUAAAAACAUUUUGACGGUUACCUAAGGAAAUGUUUUCGUUUUCUAGGUGAAAUUGCACUCCAACGUCACAUACUUAGAUAAGACUUUCUCACGUAACCAAAUUUGCAAAUUUAUGUUGAGUUCAGUCGAAACUUUGGUAGUUCAUGAAAGUUGCAUACAAAAUGUUUGUUUAAAAAUUAAUAUGUCAUCCGUCGUCAAAUAUGGAUCUUUCCUCGUUUUAGUUUACUUUGAAGAUUGAAAGCUUUUGAUUUGUGGUUUUUCAGAAUUCUUUAUCUUAACGUUGUAUUUUUUCAGACGUAUCUCACCGAUGAGGAAUUCCGUGAAGUGUUUACAAUGCCGAGAGAAGAGUUUUACAAGCUGCCAGCCUGGAAACAAGUGUCUCGCAAGAAAGAAGUUCUGUUGUUUUAGAUAUGGUUUGUUUCCACACCAUUUAUUUUGGAUGUCACAGCUUCUAAGCUGUAUUCUCUACAAAGAGCAAGUUUCAAUCGAUUGUCGGAAAUAAUUCGACUCUGCAUUGGU